AUCCAGCCCUUCCUUGUGUCCCCAGAGCUGCCCGAGAACUGGACGGACACGCGGGAGACGCUGCUGGAGGGAAUGCUCUUCAGCCUCAAGUACCUGGGCAUGACCCUGGUGGAGCAGCCCAAGGGAGAGGAGCUCUCUGCAGCCGCUGUCAAAAGGAUCGUGGCCACCGCAAAAGCAAGUGGGAAGAAGCUGCAGAAAGUGACCCUGAAAGUGUCACCCCGCGGGAUCGUGCUGAACGACAGCAGGACCAACGAGCUCAUCGAGAACAUCUCCAUUUACAGGAUUUCCUACUGCACGGCAGACAAGAGCCACGACAAAGUGUUCGCCUACAUCGCCCAGAACCAGCUGAAUGAGAACCUGGAGUGCCACGCCUUCCUGUGCACCAAGCGCAAAAUGCAGCAGCCACGGGGAACUUGCUGGAUUUGGAGGGUCCUGCCAGGUCCCCCCUGGGCAGCAGCACGGAGUCACCACAGCUGGACAACAGCAGCUUUGGGCCCGGCCCCUGACAACAACAACGUGCUGUGGGAAAUGGAUGAUGGUCUCGACGAGGCGUUUUCAAGGCUGGCCCAGUCCAGGACAAACCCCCAGGUCCUGGACACGGGGCUGACUGCUCAGGACAUCCAGAGUGCAGAGACUCUGUCCCCUGUGGACUGGAACAAAAUCGACCCCGGCACGGCAGAGAAGGACGAUCUGUUCAUGUUCUGAGAGAGGAGGAGCCCCCCGAGGCCGUGGCCUGGAUCCUGCUGGAAGCAGGGAACCUUCCAAGGGCUCCGGAGCAGCUCAGAGGAUGUCACAGCCCAGCUUAGACCAAAGCUUCAGAAACCUAACACGGAUUUUUAUACCUUGCUCUUAGGGAAAGCACGAGAUGCCCCUGGAGGUAUUUAUUCACAGUUUACAGUGCUGCUGGGAGGUGUGGGGAGAACCAGGGGGGAGCUGCAGCAGCGCCUGCUCCUCCUGCAAACAGCCCGGGCACCAGCACAGCCCCUCUCAGCAUCCCCCACCCGAGGGCUGGGACGAAAUCCAGGGCUCUGGAAGAACACAUCACCUGCCUGGGCAGGGAGGGGAUUUGCAGCAGCUGCUGCCAGUGUGAAAUGGAAGAGGGAGCAGAGCUGGAGCUGUUGUGUGAGUGUCUGGGGCACUCUCACGGCUGCCGGUCGCCCUGCGGGAAUUGAUGCUUUUUUAACCCAAAGACUCUACGAAGUUUUGCACUUUAAAAACUUGAACUGAAAGCAAUGGUCCGAAUUGUCAAGGUAA